UGGUAGUCACGUGACUGGGCCCCUUUUAACCAAAACAGAGGCUUCGAGGCGGCUGCGGCGGUUUGUCAACAAUCGUAGAAGGUGUGAGACACUGCUAACUUUCUCUUCGUGCUUCGAGCUUCGCCUGCAGCCACACCAAACCAUCAUCCACCUGUCCGGCAGACAGGCCGUCUCAAUGCAUAACAGAGGACCGAGAACACCGAGGCGGCCAUGGAUGCGUACGACUUGUUUAGUAGUUGUAGAAAGGGCGACAUUUGUAGAGUCAGGUACCUUGUUGAACAAAGAGAUGUGGACCUCAAUGUGAGAGAUAAAUGGGACAGCACGCCUUUGUAUUAUGCCUGCCUCUGUGGCCAUGAGGAGCUGGUCCAGUACCUGUUGGCUAGUGGUGCCAAGUGUGAAGCCAACACGUUUGAUGGUGAAAGAUGUGUGUACGGCUCCCUGAAUGACUCAAUCCGACGCCUGCUCAAAGAUUACAAGUGUGUCAGCGUCCGGGCCAUGCAGCGCAAUGACUUUAACUACUUUCUACACAUGUUGUUAGAGCAAGGUCAGCACAGUGAUGUAAAGUUCCUGGUUCAUGGACAGAUGUUUGCAGCUCACCGAUGUCUUCUCAGUGCACGCUCGGAGUACUUCACUGAAAUGUUUGAGACAAAAUGGAACGAAAAGAGCCUCAUAACCCUCAAACACCCCCUGAUCAAUCCUGCAGCCUUUGGAGCAAUUCUGCAAUAUUUCUAUACUGGAAGAAUGGAUAUUGAUGUAAGUCUGGUGGAGGACUGCAGGCGACUUGCUAAGCAGUGCAAGAUGGCAGACCUCAUGGAAGAGCUGGAGAAUAAAUGUAAACAGGUCUAUGAAUUUGUGUCCAACAAGCCUGGAACCUGUGUCAAAGUUCUUAGCCUGGAGCCUCACACCUGUCAGCUCCAAGAGGAGAUGGCCCAGUUGGCAGACUGUGCACUGCCCACUGAGCUAAGAGUUGGAUUUGGUGAACUUCCUUUUAACAGAGUUGAUCUGUUUCCUACUUAUCCUGACAUCUGCUUCAGAGUAGAGGGUUAUGAUUUCUUAUGUCACAAGGCCUUUUUCUGUGGGCGCAGUGAUUAUUUUAAGGCCUUAUUGGAAGACCACUUCAGCGAGGGCGAGCAGCUGCAGUCCCAGCCCAGCAUCCCGGUGAUAACUUUGCACAACAUCUCCCAUGAAGUCUUUAUCCACGUCAUGUAUUACAUCUACACUGAUGAUACAGAGCUGACGAUGGACAGCGUGUUUGAUGUGCUGUGCGUGGCUGACAUGUAUCUGCUUCCGGGGCUGAAACGUCUCUGUGGGAAGACGCUUGCUAAGGCUAUUUGUGAGGACAACGUCCUGCACAUGUGGAAGACGGCCAAGCUUUUCCGUCUGUCUCGGUUGGAAGAUCAGUGCACAGAGUUCAUGGCAAAGAUAAUUGACCGGUUGGUGGAGCAGGCCGAGUUUGCUGAGAUGAUAAAGGAGGACGCUGCGUCGCUGGAGGAGCGACAGGAGACGGACUCUGUCCCCCUGGUGGACGACAUCCGCUACCACAUCGCCAGCAACGUGCAGACAUACAGCGACAUCGAGGAGGCCAAUCAGAAGCUGGAAGCCCUAGAGGAGAUGCUUUCCAGCAUCAAUAUUGACUGCUGAGGGGGGUCAUCAGGUUCUCCUGUCUGGUGUAGAAAUUUCAAGGUCGACUUAAGAGGGAAUCUUUUGUGAGGUGAGAAUAAAAACAUUUACAGCUUUAUGUUAAUAGGUUUUAUUUUAUUAACAGAGUUUGGCACCAGAUUAUUCAAAAUGUGAAAGGAGUUAGGUCUGCUGUAGCUUCAGUGUAUUCAAAGAUGGUUGUUGGCUGUUUUACACUUCUGGAAGAGAGACCAAACAAGAGAAAAGUGAUCUGUUAUAACCUUGUACUGUUCUUUAAAAGUGACACAAAUGACAUAUUACCAACAGAAUAUUUUUGCAUGACACAUGCACGAAUUUAACAUGAUCUACAGCAGCUAGAAAUUAAAACUAGCUCAUUCCUUUGCUCUUACAAAUAUACUUUAACCCAACUAUGUUCAUGUGUAUCAUGUAAAACAAAAAAAAAUAUUUUAAUCCUUUAAAAAGGCAAUACAGAACAUAAAAUGUUCUAAUUCUCACAUUUCAGAACAAUGUGUUUAAAACAUCUUACUUCCCUUUACUUUACUUCCCGUUACAUACAUUCUGUUCUUCUUUUUAUUAAAUUGUGUAGUUUUGUGUGUAUUUGGAAGUAUUUUCUGGCUGCUCUGCACCUCAUUGUGUGAAUUGUGGGAUUCCCUCUGGUAUUUUUACACAUAUCACCCUCUAAUCCACUCAUGCACUCUGCUUCAGUUAAAAAUGGAAGCUCCUUUUUUCCCAGCAAACCAAUUUUGCCUUACGUGUGUAGCAAAUAAAUAAAACAAAGUUGUAAA